AUGUCGAAUACAAGCAUUGCUGAGCAAGCUGCUGCACCAGUUGUCAGUGAUUCACCAACUGUUAUAGAACGAUGGGAACGAGAUUUUUCACAGACAAAAACUGAUGGAAUUACAUAUGAUUACAUUAUUGUUGGCUCAGGCUCAGCAGGUGCUGUCUUAGCUAAUCGUCUCUCAGAACAAGCUGAUAAACGUGUUCUUCUUAUUGAAGCUGGUGGUGUCGAUACAAUGGAUCAAAUACAUAUGCCAGCUGCUUGGUAA